AUGAAGUGCAUUAUUCUGCUAUUCUUCUUGUCCGUGCUGAACCUGAACGUGGCUGCUCUGCGCGAGGAACGUUCUAUGAAGAAGGAAGUCCACGUAUUGCGCGAAAAGCCCAUCGGUCUAGGACAAAAUCCCAUCGGUCUAGGACGCCGUGACUACAGGGACAGACUAUACCCUACCCUUGGUUCACCUAGUGGCAUGAGGGGCCCCGGUGACGCGGUGUUCAUGAAAAAAGUCGAUGUGAAAAAACAGUGA